AUGCCGGCCGUCAUUGAGCACUCAGUUACCACGGAGGUCCCUGGACCUAUGUCCAAGGCCAGCCAGAAGAAGCUCGAUACUUUCUUCGAUGCUCGUGCCGUCUACUUCGUCGUCGACUACGAGAAGAGCCACGACAACUAUAUCGUCGAUGUCGACGGAAACAAGUACCUGGAUGUCUACUCUCAGAUCGCCUCCAUCCCGGUUGGCUACAACAACCCCACCCUCAUCGAGGCCGCUAAGUCGCCCGAGAUGAUCUCUGCCCUGGUCAACCGCCCGGCCAUCGGUAACUUCCCUUCCGCUUUCUGGCACGACAUCCUCCAGGACGGCCUGAUGAAGGUCGCGCCCGAGGGCUUGAACCACAUUUUCACCGCUCAGUCCGGAUCCGAGGCCAACGAGCUGGCUUACAAGGCCGCUUUCAUGCUCUACCGCCGUCGUGAGCGUGGCGAGGCCGACUGGAGCCACGAGGAGAUCCACUCAUGCUUGCACAACACCUCUCCCGGCUCCCCCGAGCUGGCCAUUCUCAGCUUCAAGAACUCCUUCCACGGCCGUGGAUUCGGCAGUCUGUCAACCACCCGUUCCAAGGCUGUUCACAAGCUCGAUAUCCCUUCCUUCAACUGGCCCCAAGCCACCUUUCCUGCUCUGAAGUACCCGCUUGAGAAGUAUGCUGCUGAGAACGACGCCGAGGAGAAGCGCUGCUUGAAGGAAGUUGAGGAGCUCUUCACCAGCUGGCACUGCCCUGUUGCAGCUGUUAUUGUUGAGCCCAUUCAGAGCGAGGGUGGUGAUAACCACGCUUCCCCUGCCUUCUUCCAGGGACUUCGUGACAUUACCAAGAAGCACAGCGUGGUUUUGAUCGUUGAUGAGGUCCAGACUGGCUUUGGUGCCACUGGCAAGUUCUGGGGUCACUCCCACUGGAACCUUACCUCCCCUCCCGAUAUCGUCACCUUCUCCAAGAAGGCCCAGACUGCCGGCUACUUCUUCGGUGACCGCAUGUUGGUCCCCGAUAAGGCUUACCGCCAGUUCAACACCUGGAUUGGUGACCCGGCCCGUGUCAUCGUCAGCAAGGCCGUCGUCGACGAGAUCACCAAGAAGAACCUCGUUGAACAGACUGCCCGCGUCGGAGCUGCCCUCUACGCUGAGAUGGAGAAGCUCGCCGAGAAAUACCCCGACCACGUCCAGAACCUCCGUGGCAAGGGUCAAGGCACCUACAUUGCCUUCGACACCCAGAGCGCGGCUUCUGUCACCAGCACCAUGAAGCGCCUUGGUGUCAACAUUGGUGCCUGCGGCAAGGAGACUAUUCGUCUUCGUCCCAUGUUGAUCUUCGAGGAGGCUCACAUUCCCCUCUUGAUUUCUGCGCUCGAGAAGACCUUCGAGUCUUUGUAA